AUGCACCAGCUCAGUACUCACCCCGAGUGUGGUUUUUUCAGAGACUUCUUAGCGUUGCCUCUCUUCGACAUUUCUUCUUCAACCACUCGGGAAUCCUUGCACUCACUAUCUUCCACCCUUGGCUCUGAUGCUGCCAACAUCUCUCCCAUGCUACUGAUGGAGGAUUUUAACUACCACGCCACUUCUUACUUGACUGAUGAUAGUGAAGACUCUGAAUUUGAUCCUAACAUUAUUAAUUCAGGUGCUGAACUUCAUCGUCACUUCCACCGUCCCAUCAAUUCCCACUUCUUUGAAUGUACUCAUUCAAGGGAGGAGGGUCCACUACUACCAACCUAUCGUCGACGGUCCGGGCAAUCAACUAUCGACCACCUCUAUGCUACUUCAUUCCUUUUUCAACAUCUACCGUGA